AUGUGGCGAAGAACCUACCUUUUGUUACUCGUGAUUCGCGUCUAUUUUGCGCUCUCGCCCAGCUAUCUCCAUCCAGAUGAGAAUUUCCAAGGCCCAGAGGUAGUCGCAGGUCGCAUAUUCUCAUGCCCGUCGAAAUUACCAUGGGAGUUCACUGUGGAACAUCCUAUUCGCAGCAUAUUCCCAUUAUGGGCGACUUAUGAGCUGCCGAUGAGCCUGUUGAAAUGGUUCUAUACUGAGAUCGGCUCCGGCAGCCCACCACCACAACUGGUCUACUAUGCGCUGCGCGGAGGAAUGUUCCUUUUGAAUUUUGUGCUGGAAGACUGGGCGAUCUACGAGCUAGUGCCCUCUCCGCGUCAUCGGCGUGCGACGGUGGUGCUGGUGGCCUCGUCGUAUGUCACCUGGACAUAUCAGACGCACACCUUCUCCAACUCCCUCGAGACCCUGCUGGUUGCCUGGGGGUUGGUUCUGAUUCGGCGCAUUGUCGAGAAUAAGAAGCGCUCCUCCGUCUUCGCCCAUGUUGUGCUCGCCUUUAUCGCCGUCGUGGGCGUCUUCAACCGCAUCACCUUCCCGGCUUUCCUUUUGGUUCCGGGCCUACAAUUGCUGCCUCACUUCCAGCGCAAACCUACCUCCCUCCUCGCCUUUGUCGCCGCCGGCCUCCUCUUUGCGACAGUAGCUGUCUUCACAGACACCACCUUCUACCGACCAACAGCAACCCUCCUCUCAUUCCUCCGCGACCCAAUAAUAACACCACUAAACAAUCUCCUCUACAACACCGACACCGCAAACCUAGCAGUCCAUGGCCUUCACCCCCACCACCAACACUUCACAGCAAACCUACUCCAACUCCUCGGCCCAGCCUACAUAGCAAUGAUAUUCUCGCUCUUCAGCUACCCGCUCGUGCCAUCCUGGAUGCGCAACAUGCGCGCCGUCUCCGCUCUCUCAGCAACGAUGCUCCUCUCCCUCUUUCCCCACCAAGAACCACGCUUCCUCCUCCCCUGCGUGCCACUCCUCCUAAGCUGCGUGCGCAUGCGGCGCUCCCGCCUCUUCCUCGCAAUAUGGGUCCUCUUCAACGCAGCAAUGGGUUUUCUAAUGGGCGUCUACCACCAAGGCGGCGUGGUCCCAACCCAGCUAGCAAUGCGCAACAUCGUCUCAGCAAGCACAGGCCCCUACACCCCCGACGCAACAGUCUUCUGGUGGAAAACCUACUCACCACCAUUAUGGCUGCUCGGACCAGACACAGACACCGACGGAAAUAACACAACUGAGAUCCUCACACAGGAUCUAAUGGGAAUACCAGGCCUGGAAAUGAUCAACCAGCUCGACGAAGCAGUCCCAAGCUGUUCCUCUUCUUCCGCAUCAACAAUAUUCCUCGUCGCACCCACAUCAGCCGAGUUCCUAGAUGCAUACGCUCUCGCAUCGUCUACAUCUACGUCAGACCAAGCCCGUGAUAUAAAACUGCACCCAGUAUGGUCCUACCGACAACAUCUAAACCUAGAUGACCUAGACUUCGCCGAGGAUGGAAUCCUACCAACUCUCAAGCGUGUUAUUGGACGUCGCGGAUUGGGCGUCUGGGCUGUUCGCCGAUCUUGCAAAUAG